AUGGACAACUUUUUGAAUAGGCUGAAUGUAAUUUUUUAUUCUAUGGCUUUAUGCUUUCUUGUCCUGUGUGUUUUUAAUUAUGGAACAUCAUUUUAUUUGUUUGAUGAAAAGGAAAUGGUAACAAAUAUACAAGUAAAAAGUGUAAAAAGAAUUGUUUACAAUAGAUAUAUAAAAGGAGAUGAAGUAGUGUUAUCUCUAGAUUUAUCAUAUGAUAUGAGAAAAGCGUUUAACUGGAAUUUGAAACAGUUAUUUCUUUAUGUUUUAGUAACAUAUCAAACACCCGAAAAAGUAAAAAACGAAGUAAUUAUUCAAGAUUAUAUUAUAAAAAAUAAAAAGACUGCUAAAAAGAAUUUUAAGAAUUUUAUUACCAAAUAUUCUCUUAAAGAUUAUUAUAAUGGGUUAAGAAAUAAUUUAAUCAUUUUACAAGUUUGCUAUAAAUAUAUGCCUAUAGUUGGUUUUGCAAGGUCGUACGAAGGAGCAAAAAUUUCUUAUAGAUUACCCGCAGAAUAUUUUGACAGCUUACCCUCUAAUUAUCCGUUAUACUAUCCUGACAAAUAG